CCGGGGCUUCAGUCGGUUGGAACCCGCUUCUGCUGAGCCUGUGUCUGCCGGCAGCAGGCCCAGCCAUGCCUUCUCGCGCGUGCAAGUCUCCGCCCCAGCGCCGGGUGUUUGUAGUGGGGGUUGGCAUGACCAAGUUUGUGAAGCCUGGAGUUGAGAAUUCAAGAGAUUACCCUGACUUGGCAAAAGAAGCAGGCCAGAAGGCGUUAGCUGAUGCGCAGAUCCCCUACUCGGCAGUGGAGCAGGCGUGCGUUGGCUACGUUUAUGGUGAUUCUACCUGUGGGCAGAGGGCUAUCUAUCACAGUUUGGGACUGACUGGAAUUCCUAUAAUCAAUGUUAACAAUAACUGUUCCACUGGUUCUACUGCUUUGUUUAUGGCCCGGCAACUGAUUCAGGGAGGUAUGGCAGAUUGUGCCUUGGCUCUUGGCUUUGAGAAGAUGUAUAAGAGAGGUCUUGAAACAAAAUUUUCAGAUAGGACCAAUCCAAUUGAUAAACAUUUUGAAGUCUUGGUCAAUAAGUAUGGAAUUUCUGCCCACCCAGUUGUUCCUCAGCUGUUUGGUUCUGCUGGAAAAGAACACAUGGAAAAAUAUGGAACAAAAACUGAACACUUUGCAAAAAUUGGAUGGAAAAAUCAUAAACAUUCAGUUAAUAACCCGUAUUCCCAAUUUCAAGAUGAAUACAGUUUAGAUGAAGUGAUGGCAUCUCGAAGCAUUUUUGAGUUUUUGACUGUCUUACAAUGUUGUCCCACUUCAGAUGGUGCUGCAGCAGCAAUUUUGGCCAGUGAAGAAUUUGUACAGAAGUACGGACUGCAAUCCAAAGCUGUGGAAAUUUUGGCACAGGAGAUGGUGACCGAUUUGCCAAGUACAUUUGAUGAAGAAAGUGUUAUUAAAGUGGUUGGCUAUGAUAUGAGUAAAGAAGCUGCCAGAAAAUGCUAUGAGAAAUCUGGCCUGAGACCAAAUGAUAUUGAUGUAAUUGAACUUCAUGAUUGCUUUUCUGUGAAUGAGCUCCUUACUUAUGAAGCACUGGGACUCUGUCCAGAAGGGAAAGGUGGAAUACUGGUCGAUAGAGGAGAUAACACUUAUGGAGGAAAGUGGGUCAUAAAUCCUAGUGGUGGAUUGAUUUCAAAAGGACACCCACUGGGAGCUACAGGUCUGGCUCAGUGUGCCGAACUCUGCUGGCAGCUGAGAGGGGAAGCCGGGAAGAGGCAAGUUCCUGGUGCAAAGGUUGCUCUGCAGCAUAAUUUAGGCCUCGGAGGAGCAGUGGUGGUCACGCUCUAUAAGAUGGGUUUUCCGGAAGCCGCCAGGACACAUCAGAUUGAGGCUGCUCCCACCAGUGCUGCAAGUGAUGGAUUUAAGGCAGAUCUUGUCUUUAAGGAGAUCGAGAAGAAGCUUGAAGAGGAUGGGGAACAGUUUGUGAAGAAAAUUGGUGGUAUUUUUGCCUUCAAGGUGAAGGAUGGUCCUGGGGGUAAAGAAGCCACCUGGGUGGUGGAUGUGAAGAAUGGCAAAGGAUCGGUGCUUCCCAACUCAGAUAAGAAGGCUGACUGCACAAUCACCAUGGCUGACUCGGACUUACUGGCUUUAAUGACUGGUAAAAUGAAUCCUCAGUCGGCCUUCUUUCAAGGCAAAUUGAAAAUCACUGGCAACAUGGGCCUGGCAAUGAAGUUACAAAAUCUUCAGCUUCAACCAGGCAAAGCUAAGCUGUGAAGAAUUCCCUUUGGCAACUUUGGAAAAUCGAGAUGAGAUAUAUAGAUCUAUAUCCACAUAUUUCAUUGUCAGAACUAAGACUGAAACUACACAUUGGCAAAUAGCAUGAGACAGAUUUGUUAAAUGGGUGUGUAACCAAUUGUGUUUUUCCUAUGCUCUUGGUAAACAGAGCCUGAUGGUGUCCUACUGCUUUGAGGAAUUGCAUACAACUGUGCAUGACAAAGUUAAUAUGGUAAUUAUGGUUUGGGGUAAAUUAGUUUCAGAAUAAAAUUAGGAACAGUAAAAAAUGUAAAAACUAUGCAAACAAAAGCUCUCAUUUUGCUUAGAAGUUAUAUUUAAGGAUUUUUCUGCUGAAGAUUCAGUGUAAGUUUUUCUUGGGAGAACUAGGGAAGAAACAGAAUAGCAGAAGCUGACCAGUAAUUAGUGUUAUGCACUUAAUGACCCGCAUCAGUUUCUUACUAAUAAUUAAAAUUCUGUACUGAGAUUUCAAAACAAAACAAAACUUGUAAACUUUUGCAUUUCAUGACAUCAGAAAAGAUUUUUUUUUCUUCCCAAAUAAAGUGAUAAAAUCAGAGCUUGUGUUGGAGGGGAGGGCAUUUAUAGCGAACACAGGCCUAUUUUUAAAGUAAAAAUAUUUGUAAAUGGGUUUCUUUCUUGAAAAAUCAGGGUAUUAGUGUCAUAAAAUGCUGUUGCUAAAAAUAAUUGAAAAAAGUUUAAUUUUAGAUGCAUAGUUUUCAAAUUAUUAUCUCAUAAUCAUUUAAGUUUAUAAAGCUCUCAGCUUUUUAUUAUAAUUUUUCUUUUUCAUGUUUGGUUAAUUAUCUGCAUUUAUCUUCCUAGUUUUUCUAAUUCUAAUGUUAUUUCUUACAUCUAAGAUACGGGAUAAAUAUAAUGCUUUUGGAAGAAUGUUUAAUAGAAAAUUAAAAUAACUCUUGCUGA